AUGCCCUCCCCCAUCCUCUCCGUCAGGGACCUCACCGUCACCCGCGACUCGGGCGGCCCCAUCCUCCACAACCUCUCCCUCGACAUCGCUCCCGGCGAAGUCGUCGUCGUACGGGGCCCAUCGGGAUCUGGCAAAUCCACAUUGCUCAAGUGUAUAGCCGAGCUCAAUCUCUACCAGCAGGGGACCAUCACCCUCGACGACAAGACGUCCAAAGAGUGGGGAGUUCCCAAAUGGAGAAUAAAAGUCGCCUACGUCCCCCAAAGGCCCAGUAUCCUCCCCGGCACACCUCUCCAGCUGCUAGAGACUAUCCGCGGGUUUGCAGCGCGCAAGGAAAGCGCGAGAGAGAUGAAGAAGUUCGAGAUUGAAAAGAUGGACCCACUGGAUUUGGCGGAGAAGUGGGGGAUUGCGAAGACGAUGUGGACGCGGGAUUGGGAGACGCUGAGUGGAGGUGAGGCGCAGAGGAUUGCUUUGGCGGUUUCGGUGGGCAUUGGAGGUGCAGAUGUCCUGCUUCUGGAUGAGCCGACUUCUGCACUUGACGAAGAGUCCUCGAGAAAAGUGGAAGAUAGCCUGAUCGGCAUGCUACCACCCCCGCACAGCGGCCAGCCUUCUGAGGGUGUACACCGCUAUGAUACGGGACUGAAGGCGCUUGUAUGGAUCACGCAUUCGGCAGAGCAAUCAGAAAGGGUUGCGACAAGAACGUUUGAUGUCAGCCCUUUUAGACAAUAG